GCUGUUUGGCGUUACCAUGGAGCCUGCCCCGGCCGGAGGACGCUGCUUGUCGCCGGGGCAACCGGGAAGGACAAAGCUUGACCGAGCUGGCGGCGGCCACACCGGCAGCGAUGGUGUCUAACCCUGUGCAUGGCCUGCCCUUUCUCCCGGGCACGUCCUUUAAGGACCCCACGAAAACAGCUUUCCAUAGAAGCCAGACGUUGGGCUACAGGAACGGCUAUGCAGUUGUUCGACGUCCAACAGUUGGGAUAGGUGGGGAGCGGUUACAGGUCAACCAGCUGUCUCCAGCAGAGCUGGAUGAGUUGGCCAAUAAAGCACCAGUUCUAACUUAUGGCCAACCUAAGCAGGCCCCACCUGCAGAAUUCAUUCCAGCACAUGUAGCUUUUGACAAAAAGGUGCUGAAAUUUGAUGCCUAUUUCCAGGAAGAUGUUCCUAUAUCAAGUGAGGAACAUUAUAGAAUCCGUCAAGUGAAAAUUUACUACUAUCUAGAAGAUGAUAGUAUAUCUGUAAUGGAGCCUGUUGUUGAAAACUCUGGCAUCCCUCAAGGCAAGCUAAUCAAACGCCAGCGUAUAGCCAAGAAUGAUGUAGGAGACCAUUAUCAUUGGAAAGACCUAAAUCGAGGAAUAGACAUAACCAUGUAUGGCAAAACUUUCCGAAUUGUUGACUGUGACCAUUUCACACAGAACUUCCCUCAGUGUGUGCUGGAAAUCUCUGAUCAAGAGGUGUUGGAAUGGUACACUGCCAAAGACUUUAUUGUUGGGAAACCACUCACUAUCCUUGGGAGAAAUUUUUUCAUUUAUGAUUGUGAUCCAUUUACUCGACAGUUCUACAAAGAGAAGUUUGGAAUUUCUGAUUUACCACGCAUUGAUGUGAGCAAGCAGGAACCACCUCCUGUAAAACAGGAAUUACCUCCUUACAAUGGUUAUGGAUUAAUUGAAGAUUCUGCUCAGAAUUGCUUUGCUCUUAUUCCAAAAGCUCCAAGAAAAGAUGUUAUUAAAAUGCUGAUGAAUGACAACAAGGUGCUUCGUUAUUUGGCUGCACUGGAAUCCCCUAUCCCAGAAGACAAAGACCGCCGAUUUAUCUUCUCUUAUUUUCUAGCCACUGACAUGAUCAGUAUCUUUGAGCCUCCUGUUAGAAAUUCUGGUAUCAUUGGGGGCAAGUACCUUGGGAGGACUAGAGUUAUUAAACCAUUCUCUGAGGCAGAAAACCCCAUCUACUAUGGCCCUAGCGACUUCUUCAUUGGUGCUGUCAUUGACGUGUUUGGCCACCGAUUCAUCAUCCUUGAUAUAGAUGAGUAUGUUCUAAAAUACAUGGAGAGCAAUGCUGCCCAGUAUUCACCAGAAGCACUCUCGUCAAUUCAGAACCAUGUCCGAAAGCAAGAAAUUCCUGCACCAGAACUAGAGAACAAGCAAGCUAAAGAGGAGCCAGGCAAGCAGGAACUGGAAGCCUUAAUUGACACAGUCCAGAAGCAACUGAAAGAUUAUUCAUGCAAAGAUAACAUACAUGAAGCAUUUCAAGCUCAUGACAAGGAAGCAUUAGGAUAUGUGGACAGAGAGAUGUUCUUUAAAAUCUGUGAAUCCUUUAACGUCCCAAUUGAUGACUCCUUGGUUAAGGAGUUAAUCAGGAUGUGCUCUCAUGGAGAAGACAGAAUUGACUAUUAUAACUUUGUUCGUGCUUUCUCAAACUGAUCUGGCUGAUGAGAGAAUACAAUAUAAUUUUUUUAUGUUGGAGCCACAGUUGGAAAUAUAUCUUGUAGAGCUCCUGAAGUUAUAUUUCUUUUUUGAUUAUAUUUCACUUCUCCAAAAAUCUCAAUUAAAUUGUUUUUUAUAGGA